AUGAUAGAGCAAGAAGGGGCCAUACGCUUUCCUCGACUUGCAGCUGCUUUGUUUCGAGAUAUCCCUGCCCCGCUCCUGCAGCACAUGGAGAUGGUAAGCGGUGCGAGCCGCAAGGGCAACACUGCUGCCAAAAAUGGCAACGGUGCAAACAACAACAACAACGUCAGCGAGAAUGGCGGUUGCAAGCGUGUUGUGCAGGGCGCAGGUGCCAACCAAUUGAUGCAGACGGAGUACGGCAUCACGCCCGAGAGCAACGCGGCGGCGCGCGAGUGCCGGCCCCACAUCCACCCGCAGCGCUACGUGCGCAGCAAGGAGGCGGAGUACCGCGGCAAGAAACACAUUGACCCGCAUCAUAUGAACCUCUCCGACGAGGCAAAGCGCGAGGAAGGGCGCUACGGAAAACGACACAUAAGCACCGUUGCACAGGGUCGUGGUCAAAGCGACUUCAGUAUCAGCGCAAUGGGCGACAAUAACGGUACGGCGCAGAACCGUCCCAAUUCAAGUCCACGUAGCAAGACAAUGAAUACGUCGGUGCAGCUCGCCGAGGCGCGGGUGCGCAAACUCGCUGAGGAUCCGCGCUACCAGCAGGCGGCGCGCGAGGUGCUGCAGCACGCUGGCAGCGUGUCGAUCGUCCAGGAGGAGGAACGACUCUUGCGGCGUGUCGCGGCGGAGCAGUAUGCGGCGGGUAGCGAGGCGCGCUGUGCGGAGCUGCGCUCCUAUAAUCGGCCCGUUGAUUUGGGGCAGCCAGGCGAUGCGAUUCAGGCGCACGUGCCGUUUGCCCUUGAUGAGUCGGCGCCGCGCCCCGAUAACGCACAGGAGCACCGCACCGCGCAUUACCGCAAUGUGGAGUCGAAGCCGGAGCGGCAGCAGCAGCAGCAGCGGCGCCGCGGUGGCGGCUACGAUGCGCAGCGCCACCUGCGUGACAACAUCGUGUUGUCGCAGAACGACUACCCUGAUCCGCCUGCUGUCGGCGUACGUGUCGUGCCGCGUGUGGCGCCGAGGCCGAGCUCGGCGCAGAAGGAAUCGACAGAGUGCCUUGGUAAUGAGGCAGCGCUCCACUCCAGGGCCCGCGGCGCCCAACGGCCGAAGCAGGGGAUGCCUGACUUCAUCUUUGGCGCCCCGCCGCAGCUGGAGCCGCAGCGGCGCACAUUGCGCGGCGACACUGAGGAGCGCUGGAAGGCGGAGGAGGACCGCGCGGCCCAGCGGCGCACUGGCCGCGCAAUGGCGCGCCAAAGUCACAGACCCACUGCACUCUGGUAA